AUGUCUUACGUCUGCAACUCCGGAAACUUCUCCUCACAGUCCUUUGGAGGUUUCUUGAGGCAGCCAGUCUCCAGCUACAACUCUUUCUACCCCACCAACAAUGUAGUCUAUUCUCCAAAGAACUUCCAGCUGGGAUCCUCUUUCUACAAUGGACAGCAGGAGACCUUCGGUGAGCCACUUGAGAGCCACUCACCCUGCGUGGGGACCCGGUCGUUCCAGACAUCCUGUUUCCGGCCCAAGCAGUACUUCUCCAGCCCUUGCCAAGGAGGCUUUACCGGAUCUUUUGGAUAUGGCAACUCGGGUUUUGGAUCUUUUGGGUUUGGAAACUCUGGCAUUCGCUCUGUGGGCUGUGGAUCCGGCUUCUACCGCCCCGGGUACUUUUCUUCCAAGAGUAUCCAGUCGUCUUACUAUCAGCCAGGCUUUAGCUCUGGCUUUUGCGGAUCAGCUUUCUAA